ACCGGACUCAAGAGGACUUUUACUUUUGUAUCGGUCAAGCAAGAAAUCUGCCUGUCUCGGACACAAUCACGCGAAGCCAAAGUAACCAAAUUCAAUCAACCCAAGAUUUGCCCGUAGCAUAUAAGUGUCUCAUCGCUCACCGCUUAUCCUCCUACCUUCUUUCGACGCUCCCCCCACUAGGGUAAUCAGGUACAUAUUGUGCUGUAAGAUGUAUCGUGAAGAUGACCUUCCCGAGUUCACACCUAUGCCUUGGACAUUGCAGGAAAUUCGCAAUGCUAUUCCGGCGCAUCUCUUUGUUCGAGAUACCAAACGUGGACUGAAAUUCUUGAUUCGAGAUAUCCUGCUGGCUUUUCUUGUUGGUAUCUUGGGAAGUUACAUCGACAAAACAUUUGGUUCGCCCGCCGCUCAAGCCAUGCUGACGCCGUUGGGCGCUGAAUGUGCGCGCUGGGCUGCAUGGGCCUUAUACUGGUGGUUCCAAGGUCUCAUCUUCACUGGAAUUUGGGUCAUUGGUCAUGAAUGUGGUCAUGGUGCAUUUUCAUCUUCGCGCCUGGUCUGUGAUACAGUAGGAUUCGUGAUACAUUCGUUCCUCUGGACACCGUAUUUCAGCUGGAAGAUAUCACAUCAUCGCCAUCAUAGUAACCAUGCCUCCAUGGAACGGGAUGAAGUGUAUGUUCCCAAGACACGAAGCGACCUCGGAAUACCCCUGCAAAAGAACGAAGACAUCGACUGGGAUGAGUAUUUUGGCGACACUCCGGUUUAUACCCUGUUUAUGCUCCUCCGCCAGCAAUUCCUGGCGUUUCCCGCUUACCUCCAAUUCUGUUUAGUGUUCAAUGUAUCUGGCCAGAAGAAAUAUCCCAAAUGGACCAAUCAUUUUGAUCCAAACUCCAUACUGUUCCGCAAAGAUCAGCGGAAUCAAGUCAUCAUGUCUAAUCUCGGCCUUCUCGCCAUGACCUUAGCAGUCAAGUAUGCGUGUGCUCAGUUCACUGCUGCGAAUGUAAUCAAGUUCUAUGGUAUACCAUGGCUUUUGGUCACUCAUUGGUUCAUCAUGAUCACCUAUCUGCAUCAUACGGAUGUUCUUCUCCCUCAUUAUCGCGGAAAGGAGUGGAACUUCCAACGCGGCGCAGCGGCCACCGUUGAUAGGAACUUCCUGGGUUGGCAAGGCCGUUUCUUCCUCCAUGAUGUUGCUCAUUAUCAUGUGAUACACCAUUUCUUCCCGAAAAUGCCCUUCUAUCAUGGACCUGAGGCUACGCAGUACUUGAAGCGGUUCAUCGGAGAUCAUUACGCUUAUUCCGACAAACCUGUUUUCAAGGCUCUUUGGGAAAGUUACAAUAACUGCCAGUUCGUCGAAGAUGAAGGCGAAAUAUUGUUCUACCGCGAUAAGCGGGGGCGUGCAGUACGCCGUCCAGCACAGGCAAAGGCUGACAUUCUGGUGGCAUCGUAGAGAUCUAGAUUCGGGAGAGAGAUACAUUGUUCGCUGGUCAAAACCAGUACGCUCCUUAUCCAGACGCUCUUUCCCCUAUAUUGUAUAUAUUUGCUCAGGUAGCCAAGGAUCCAUGCUUUGCUGUUAAUUUUACGACAGCACGCCUGUGAU